GAGCUCUCAGAUAAACCUUUCAUUCAUUCGCCGCCUUCAUUUCCUCUUCACAUCACAUUCUAACAGAGCCACCGCAAAAUGUCGGACACUCAGAGAGGCGGAGAAAGGGGCGGGUUUAGGGGCGGUUUUGGCGGCGGCCGUGGCCGCGGCGGGGAUAGGGGAGGACGUGGGCGGCCUCGCCGCGCCCGCCGCGACAACGAUGAGCAGAAGUGGGUGCCGGUGACCAAGCUCGGUCGGCUGGUCCAGGCUGGUAAGAUCAAGUCCCUUGAGCAGAUCUACCUCCACUCGCUCCCGAUCAAGGAGUACCAGAUCAUAGACACACUGGUGGGACCCUCCCUCAAGGACGAGGUGAUGAAGAUUAUGCCGGUCCAGAAGCAGACCCGGGCCGGACAGAGGACCCGAUUCAAGGCCUUCGUGGUGGUCGGCGACGGCAACGGCCACGUCGGCCUCGGGGUCAAGUGCUCCAAGGAGGUGGCCACCGCCAUCCGUGGCGCCAUCAUACUGGCCAAGCUGUCUGUGAUUCCGGUGAGGAGGGGUUACUGGGGGAACAAGAUCGGGAAGCCCCACACCGUGCCGUGUAAGGUCACCGGGAAAUGUGGGUCUGUCACCGUGAGGAUGGUCCCUGCUCCACGUGGGUCCGGUAUUGUGGCGGCCCGCGUGCCGAAGAAGGUGCUCCAGUUUGCUGGUAUUGAGGAUGUUUUCACCUCCUCCCGUGGAUCCACCAAGACGUUGGGAAAUUUUGUCAAGGCAACUUUUGAUUGCUUGUUGAAGACCUAUGGCUUUUUAACUCCGGACUUCUGGAAAGAGACUCGAUUCACAAAAUCCCCAUUCCAGGAGUACACUGAUCUGUUGGCAAUGCCCACAGCUAAGGUUGUCCAAAUAACAGAGGAAACGGAAGCUUGAUUGAGUUAUGUUCUGUUUGGUUGUUUUGUGAUGGAUAAACUAUACUAUCCUAAAUUUUGUUUUCAGACUAUUGGAUGCUGUGUUGAAUUCUAUUUGAUUUGCAUACUUUCAGCUUAUCUUGAAUUAAAUUGAAUGGUUUCCUUUAUGUUCUAAUGCAGAGUUUUUUUCGUUGCCACACA